AUGGCCUUUGAGCUAGAUUGCUAUAAAGAUAAAUCUGAUGAAAUGGCUCCUUGGCAGGAUUUUCAAAGGGGAGAGGUGGUCGGGCAAGGGGAUCCCAUUUCUCCUUACUUAUUCGUAAUAGCCGUGGAGGUUUUAUCUCAGUUGCUUGAUGAGGCUGGUGCUGAAGAAGGACUCAAGUAUCAUCCCAGGCGCAAGAGGAUAGCUGUCACUCAUCUGAUCUUUGCUGAUGAUUUGCUGGUUUUCACGAAUCGUUCAGUUAAUCCUAUUGCUGCUUUCAAUGAGGAAUGGAGUCUUGGUCUAGCCAAGAAAGUUCUGAUAGUCAAGCUGGCACUCUUUCUGAUCGAUAACGCUUCAAUGAGGUCGGCAGGAGUGGAUACUGUAUGUUGGAAUGACAAACCCGAGUUCUCAAUUUAUGUUGCUUGGGAAGGUCUCAGAAUGCGAAAGCCAGCGGUUGCAUCGGACAAACUGGCUGAGGUUGUCGUUGACAAACACAUGAACACAAAAUCUUACUCGUCCCUGCUUGUUCUGGUGCAAGACAUGUUUACCCCAACUGCGAAAUCUGAACAGGAAGACUUUAAAUCAUGGAAUUAG